CUUACAUCCUUGAAAGCCAUGCCCUCUUCUCAUGAAGCAAUUGAUGUCUUAGUUCCUGCCUCCACCGCCGAUGAUCCGGACGAACGUACUGCUUUACUUCCUACCACUAGUUCCGCUAAUCAUUCGCAGUCGUCAUCGUUGUGCUCGAUCACCGGCAGCUUUAAUAAUACAUGUUGUAAAAAGCUUUCCCGCAGCCAUUUUAUCAGUCUUCUGCCUUCUCUAAUUCUGGGCAUAGUGAUCUGGUUUGGGAUCACACCGACACCUGAGCUUAGUACGACUGCCAUCCACUUGUUGGCCGUCUUUGCCAGUUGUAUUUUCGCAUUAAUUACAACCAAGGUGGAAAUAUCCAUGCUGGUGUUGACGGGCUUAACCGUUCUCGCCUUGACACAAUCGUUUGAGUGCGAGGAUCAAGCGACCGGCAAAUACACUGAGUGUCGUCUUUGUGGUGAAGUUAACCCGCUGACAAGAGACAUAUUCGAAUGCAAGGGUGCAAAGGAGUCGUUCAAGCACUCACUUGAAGGAUUCUCCAGCUCUGUCGUUUGGCUGAUCUUUGCUGCUUUUCAUCUCGGUAAAGCAGUCGAAGUUACUCAGUUAGGUCGGCGUCUCUCCUUGUUGAUGAUUAAAUUUUUCGGCAAGCGGAUUCUUGGCUUGGCCUAUGCGAUUGUGGCAUCAGAAUUACUCCUAGGUCCAUUCGUUCCAUCCAAUACAGCCCGUGGCGGCGGGAUCAUACUACCCGUUGUUUCAUCGAUUGCCACCACGUUGGGCUCGACUCCAUCAAAGGAUCCUCAAGUGGGUGCUUUCUUGAUGCUGGUCGGAUCUCAUUCAAACUUGCUGUCGGCUUCUAUGUACCUCACAGGUAUGGCACCGAACCCAAUCGUAUUGGCAAAAGCAAAAGCCCUGUUCCCUCAGAUCCACUUUGGAUUCUUGGACUGGUUUAUCGGUGGAGUGGUUCCAGGCCUUACUUGUGCCGUGUGUCUUCCUUUGAUUUUGCGCUGGGCGUGCGGUCUCAAGACUAAAUCGGGGGAAAACAAAGUAACCAGCGACAGCAUCAUCAAGCAUGCACAGACGGAAUUGGACCGUUUGGGCCCCAUUUCAUGCCGGGAAUGGCAACUGUGUUUUGUUUUGAUCAUGUGCCUAUGUCUGUGGAUCAGUGCAGGAUACACGAAUCUAGAUGCAACCUUGGUUGCUCUGAUCGGCAUUGUAGCACUCUUACAAAUGGGUACGAUUACCUGGAAGGAUGUUUCUAGUAACACCAGUGCUUGGGACACGUUAUUCUGGCUAGGCGGGUUUGUGACAAUCGCACAGCAACUUUCAGAAGCAGGUGCAUCAGCUUAUCUUGGCAAUAAAAUUUCCAACGCGAUAGAUGACUUAAGACUGCCACCCGUACCGGCCCUGGCUGUGGCUUACUUCUUAACAACCUUUAUGUUCUCUUCACUGAGUGCCCAUACUGUCGCUUUCGUUGGUACAUUUUUGGACGCAGGUAGAGCGCUGGGCGCUAAUCCUAUGAUCUUGACUGUUCUGUUGGCGUUUUUUGGUGCACUGGGCGGCUGCAUGACUAACUUCUCAACUGGUACGGCAGCCAUGUAUUAUGCACCUGGCUAUGUGACCCGUUCGAGGUGGUUUUCUAUCGGCUUGCAACUCGCAUUGUUCUAUAUUAUCAUCUAUCUUACACUAGGCAUGGGCUGGUGGAAACUCUUGGGCUGGCACUAGUUUCCAACUUUUUUCCUUUUACAAAACCACAUUAGAUAUAUACGCACUUUUAUUCUACAAUUCCUC